UUGAAGAGACUGGAGGUCAGAUGUGUGGUCUUCCGAGCUUCCACCGCACCACCGUCAGAGAAAGUCAUCGUCUGCGUUGGCAUCCCACCUGCCAGGCAAGCUCCGUCUUCGUCGAAGGCCGUCGACGUUUCGUUCCGUCCGUUCGUCGACGUGACGAUCAGAUAAAUCCGCAACUUUAUAAUACACCGCACGUCAUCGCCAUGGGCAAGAAACUCCUGACAAUGACCUUACUCCCGAUUGUCUUGGCCUUUUCAACACUCGGUGCCGAUCACGUUGGAGCCGACAAUCAUUUGCCAGUGCUGAAACUAGUCAAUGUCGUUUUUCGACACGGUGACCGAGCUCCUGAUCCGUUGGAAACUUAUCCCGCGGAUCCAUACAAAAAUAAUACUUUCUACCCGGAAGGUCGAGGAGGUCUUACCAAUGCGGGAAAAAUGCGGGAGUAUCAAUUGGGUCUCGAGCUAAAAGCACGCUACGGUGAUUUCCUCGGGCCCGUUUGGCUGCCUUCGUUGAUCGAGGCUCGCAGCACUUACUACGACAGGACCAAGAUGUCCCUUCAGUUGGUCCUGAGUGCGCUUUUCCCACCAUCCCCGAUCCAGCAAUGGAACAGCCAGCUGCCCUGGCAACCGGUACCGACGUCCUACAAGCGCUCCUACGAGGACAUCCUGCUCCUCGCCGACGAGUGUCCAAAGUACGAGGCUGAGUUCGCCAGGGUGAAGAGUAAGCCUGAGAUUCGCCAAAAAUUCGACAAGUACAGCGCUCUCGCUGCUUAUAUUUCAACCAACAGUGGAAGGCCGGUGACGACUGCUUACGACUUGUACGAUUUUUACCACAUAUUCACCGCCCAGAGGGCCGCCAAUUUGGUUUUGCCGGAAUGGGCCAGUGAGAUUUACUCCGGUGAUCGAUUGUACGAAGCAGCGACCCUUCAAUAUGAAGCUGCUUCGUUCAACGACAACCUCAAGAAAUUGAACGGAGGUCCACUGGUGCGAAAAAUCUCCGAAGACAUGUCGGCCGUUAGAAGCGGCACCAUGGCUGCCGGUCGGAAAAUCUACCUCUACAGCUGCCACGAGACAAAUAUCGGAGCAGUUUUGAGUACACUCGGAGUCUACGAACCCCAUAUUCCCCAGUAUUCAAGUGCAAUUGCGGUCGAGCUUUGGCAGAAGAAAGAUGAGUACUUCGUCAAGGUUGUCCACUACCUCGGAAUACCUCAGACUUUUGUGACGAAGAGGAUACCUGGAUGCGAAGAACUCUGUCCUCUGGACCAGUUUUUGAAGAUAAUGAGGCCCGUCACCCCUUCUGACUCCGAUUUGAUAUGCGUUAAAAAGGGCGCUCCCCCGGCGCAGAGUAAUACGCUAUGAUGAAAUUCGAUAGAAGAUAAGAGAGAUGGUUUCGUUAUCUAUGAUCGCGGUGCGGUCUUUGAAAA